CGAUUUCAAAGUUGCUAAGCUACUCCACAUGCUCUACCGACAAACGUUCCUCACGAUUGCAGCAUAUACUACAAGUUAUAUCCUUUACGUGCGAUAUGCGCACUACAAAAGCGUCAGAACAAAACGUUUCUUCAAAACCGUAAAGUCGUACUACUUGAAAAUAAAAAAAGGUGCCUGACUUGUCGUGAAGUCGUACUACGAUGAUUUUUUGGAAGUGGCGACCCGUAGCGGAGACUCUGAAACCGAUAAAAGUAAGGCGGCCGGUGUUUCACUCGACUAACCUAACUUUAAAAAUAUCAGACAGUUCAAAUCGAGCCAAUAGGUGUAACUCAAGUUAGGAGAAGAAUGGAUCGCACAAGCUUGGGUGGUUCGUUAGGGCGUUCGAUAGCCUCUCCUAGAAAACGAAUGUCGAUAGUUCAAUCGUUGAAGAAGAAUAGUUCUGCAGCAAGUGCUUCCGGACGCACCAAUCAAUCUGUACAGACAAUAUGCAGAACACCGAGUCACACGGUUGAAAGCUUUGGUUCUUCACUGCCAGUACUAGUCACUGAAGCGUUAACAUUCGUGGAUCGGAAUACAGCUGUCAGUGUUAAUGUAUCCACUGAUGGCUGGGCUUGGCUUGUUUAUGGUCGCAAGCUACUCGUGUGGCAAUGCAAAACUACCAUUCAUGAUCCUAAGCAAAGAAGAACCUUUAAAACUCAGUGUCGUGAGUUAUUGCUACCUCAGAGUGACUUGGCUCACAAGGCGGAUUGUAUAGCAGUCUGGCUACUUCCUGGUCAUCAGGUUCCUAGUUGCAUGGCGGUGUCACCAGAAGGCGUAGUACGUUUCUGGGCAAGUGUGGCACAUGAGGGAUCUUCUGUAGAAACUAGCGCGGAACUUGCGGGACAGGAAGUCGACUGUCUUAUGUACGUGCCAAGCCAUGGGUGUAUUCUAGCUACAACUACGUGUACGGUAGCGCUUUUACAGCCACAAUUCAACAAUGGGAAAAACACUAUCACUUGCCAAGUACUUCGAACAAGUCAAGGAUGGCUUGGUGGCAUAGGUCGUAGAAUGACCUCCUUGAUUUUUGGGGCAAUACCGCAAUCACCUGUUGCAGAAACGAAAUUAGUAAAAGUUACAUGUACACCUUUAACUGAAAGAGGCUCAAGAGUGCUUAUUCUUGCUGGGUCCUCCUUACAAUAUUGGCUUUUUUCUCACAACGAACAAGAAAAGAUGGAAUUCGAUGAAGAUAUUACUCACAUCGUUUCGCAAACGUUUCAGAGGAAACUUUGGGAAUCAAGCCCGUGUAAUCCUCAAAGGAUGAAUACGUGGUUCAUCGAUAUGCAGACAUGCGAUGAAGGGAUAGUCCUUUUAAUGGCAGCUUAUUACGCCGAUAUAUCUCUUCAAAUACAUUUUGCACUUGGAUUAAUACCUUUAGCCGGCACAGUUUUGUCAAAUACGUUUAAAUGGUUUAUAAAAGUCCAAGUUGACCCGCUGUUCUAUGACGACGACAUGGAGAUGAUAGAGUCAACCUUGAGUUCUUAUCGUUUCAUAUUAUCUGGCUGGGAGGCGAUUAUAUAUAAUCAGUAUAACGUGCUUGUAGUUAACACCGCGUCUGAAAUCGACCAAGAUAAAAUCGAUCUGGUGAGAGGCGGUGAAGACAGCAUAUUAGGCGGUGCUUUAUGUUCAGGAACUCCUGUGUUAUUCACAAAAAGCGUUGGCUUAGUGUCCAUUACACCAGUGGACUUUGCGACCCAAGAUUUCAAUACAGGAUACACGGACGCCAAUAUUAGCGUGGACUUUAACUAUAAAACGAAUCAAGCGGCACAGAAUUUUUCCCCUCUGAUAAGCAAUGAGGAACUUCAGGACAUGUAUUACAGUUCCGACGGAGCGACGCAAUUACGCACCGCGUUUCUCCUGAGUCUGCGGCAAAAUAAGGCACAAUGCGACGAGAUUCUCUCUCAACUUUUCCCUCUGCAAGAGGACCCAGUAAUGGAUAUCGACGCUACUCUCGACACACUCAUUCUGAAAGUUGCGAAAGACUUGAUCGACGAUUAUCCAGCAAAUGAUCCAAGAUGGGCGAACCACAGGGAUCUGUCAAUAACGGUAAAUGCGGUCACCUCUAUGCAAAUACCUCAUCAACUGGAAGGAAAACAAAAAGCGUUAGACCUCUUCGUGCAGUUCUUGAAGGAAUAUAAUUUAUGGAGUAGAUUCUGCGCAGUUACGUACAGAGGGACCAUCAUGUCUACGUCGCAUGUGCUCGGUGAAUAUGCAGAGAAAAUAAUUGCAGCAACGACUAUAUACAACCUUCAAAAUAGAUAUUCAGAGGUUAUAGAUGCAGUGAUAGAUGAAACAUUGCGGCCAGAAGCCUACGUAUCCGAUGAACUUACAGCGCGCGAUAUAUUUUUCCGCGAAGUGAGCACGGUACAUUUAUUCCUGCCAACUUUGAUAAAUAAAGCGAAUGAAGUCACACAAUCUGAAAGGCCGUUGCAACAAGUCGGACAGUACAUUAUGCAAGUUAAUUCUAUUUUAUUGGCCGUAUUACAUGAAGUAGUGAAAUACCGCCAAUAUAACGCUGAACGCUUUGUUCCUGCAAAAUGUUCAAAUGUAAUAACGGAGUACCUUCCUUGGACAGCGUCCCCGGGUAAACACGGCUUGAGGAAUUGUCUCAACACAAUGCAAAGCAUCACUACCAAACACGGUGUAACAGGGACCAGUGAUUCCGCCGUUAGAAACGAACUAUACGAACAGUUAGUCAGUCUUAUCGACUUGAUACUGGAUGGAAGGAAAUGCCACUUGGAGAGCAUUCGUGGCACUGAGAAAUUCGAAAUUCUUUUAAAGCAAUACGAGACAGAUCGCACUAAUUUAAUUCAGCCACUGAUAAAGGAAGAACAGUACGACAACGCUGCUAUGCUUGCCGAAAAAUAUUGUGACUUCCCAUCGCUUGUACAAAUUUGCGAGUUAACUAACAAUAAAAAUCGGCUUGACGGAUACAUAGAAAAGUUUUCAGCGCAAGAUUUCGUUGGCUUUUUGUUUUCCUGGUAUGUAAAAGACGGACGUCAAGGACAGUUAGUGGAAAGAUGCAGACGUGCUGGCACUGCAGAAUUAACGGAGAAGUUGUCGGAACAUCCCACUUUGUCCUGGGUACAAGCGGCUCUAACCGAUGAAUUACGACUCGCUGCCAAUACACUUCAUACCUUGGCUGUUCAAGAAGCUGAGCUGGUUACUCGUAAAAAGUCGAUACUCUCGUUAGCCAAGUUGGCUUUACUUGCCUCGGACGAGCCGGACAAUAAAGUCGUGGACAGUGCGAAGAUGAUCGACAAUGAAUUGGCGCUCAUAGCUUAUCAGGAAGAUUUACCAGCUCAAGUGCUCACAACAUAUGGCUACGACAUUGAGAAGUUACGAGUACUCACACCAAGAGAAUUAAUCAUGUUGUAUACCUCGAAUGAAAACGUCAUAGCCAACGAAUAUGAUUUCAAAAAAGCUCUCGAUUUGCUCGAUUACGUGGAACAAGAGGAGGAUAAAUUGUCUUUGAGAUUGCAAAUUUGGGCGCGUGCGGCUCGGCGGAAUCAAUGGAACACCGUAGAAAAGAAUCCUGAGCAACAAGUUCAGGAGACACUGUUUUUCAAAUUAAUGGAUCUUGUAUACUUCAUGGGCGGCAAAGUGGAAGAAUUCUUGCCAUCAGUCGAUGUUCUUCUCAAAGAAUCAGAACUUGAGGAACUUGCUGCAUCGAGUAACUUCCAAUUUCUUAUUAAGUUAAUUUAUGAAUACGCUUAUCGAAAUUAUUAACGCGGAAGAUACUUGUAAGUACAGCUACAGUUUGUAUUUUUAUACACAAUAAAAUAUGUCGUUACGAAUAUGA